UCUCAAUAUCUCACGCUUCAAUCUCUCAGUCUCACACUCUCACUCUCGCUUUUCCUUCACAAAACGCACCGUUUCACUUACCCAUGGAGACUUUCUUUUCCACGCCGAUUCUCGACCAGGAGUCGUCGGCCCUUCUGAAGACCAUUUCGGAGCACGGCGGCUACGCCUAUGUCAGCAUGGUGGCGCAGGCCGUGGCCGGAGACACACGCGCUGCGGAGGCGGCGCGUGAGAUGGCGUGGGAGCAGCUGCACUCCGGGCCGUGGCACUCCGUGCUGCCGGUGUGGCGGGACGCGUACUCGAUGGCGUGCCUGCACGUGGCCACGCAUCAUUGCCGGAGCGGGGAGUUCAAGGAGGCGCUUAGGGUUUUGGAUAUGGGAGUGAUCAUGGGAGGGCCGCUUCUGAGGAAGGAUUUGGACUCUGCUAUCGAAAAGGUGUCGUUUAGAGCUAGAGGAGAAGGUGAAAAUGAUGAGCGCUCUGGAGCGUCGUCGGAGAGUAGACGGAGAUUAGUCUCCGAGGAGGAGUUUGAUAAAGCUGAGCUGCUUCGAAUUUUGCCGAAUAAGUCUCUAUCUUGUAAGAUUGUGGUGAAGAGGUCAGCUCUAUCUCUGGAGGGAUUUCUGCGUGAAUACUUUCUCCCAGGUUCUCCAGUUAUAAUUACUGAUUGUAUGGCACAUUGGCCGGCCAGGACGAAGUGGAAUGAUAUUGAUUACUUGGAAAAAGUCGCUGGUGACCGCACAGUUCCAGUUGAGGUGGGGAAAAACUAUUUAUGCCCAGAGUGGAAGCAAGAGCUUAUCCCAUUUUCGCAGUUUCUUGAGAGGAUUCAAUCGACUGGCAAAUCUUCCAAUGUGCCUACAUACCUUGCUCAGCAUCCAUUAUUUGAUCAGAUUAAUGAAUUACGCAAAGACAUUUGUGUUCCUGAUUACUGUUUUGCUGCUGGAGGGGAGCUGAGGUCUCUUAAUGCUUGGUUCGGUCCAGCGGGGACAGUAACACCCCUGCAUCAUGAUCCACAUCACAAUAUACUUGCUCAGGUUGUUGGUAAAAAAUAUAUAAGGCUUUACCCUGCUUCACUAUCAGAGGAACUUUACCCAUACACGGAAACCAUGCUUUGGAAUUCCAGCCAGGUUGAUCUAGACCACAUAGAUGAAACACAAUUUCCAAAGGUGAACGGCCUAGAGUUUUUUGACUGCAUUCUAAACGAGGGCGAAAUGAUAUACAUCCCGCCAAAAUGGUGGCACUAUGUGCGCUCUCUUUCCAUAAGUUUGUCCGUUAGUUUUUGGUGGGGAAGCAACGCUGGAAGUUCAACCUCGUCCUGACACGGUAUUUUGUUUCUAUGUAUUCUACUUCGUCAUAGAUACAGAGUCAGGCUCAACGUCAUCUGAUAUAUUUGUUGUUACAGUAAUAGUGUUAUGUAUAGAGACGUUUUGUUGUUAGUUGAUAUAUAUAAUCAGCUGCAGAAUGUUUUCAGAAUAGAACUCUUUAACAGGAUUGAAUUUUGACAUUUUCCAGUAAUUUAUGAACAUUUAUAACAA